GAACUCCGCUUCUCUGGAGAUGGCGCCGCCGGGCCUCACCGCCAGCUGACGAAACGGUCGCUCGCCUCAGAAAGGCAAUCCGAAGAGCCAAUCAAGUGUCGGCGAGGGCGGAGCCGCGAACCCCGUUGCCAUGGGCGGAAAAGACUGGAGCGGUGGCGUUUCGUUUCUCCGUCAAAGGGCUAAAAUGGAGGCGUCUCUGAGGCGAUUGCUUUUGCCGCUGUUGGUGGUGCUGACGGGAACGUCUUCAGCGAUGGGCUGGGAACAGCCGGAGAGAGUCCUAUUGCGGGAUGUCCAAGUCCUGACACUCUACCAGGGAAAGUACACAAAUUAUCGGAGGACAUCUCCAAUGCCCCAGUUGCAAUGCACCGGAGGGUCAGCAGGAUGUACAGCAUAUACCCCUGAGGUUGUUCAGUGUUACAACAAAGGUUGGGAUGGCUCUGAUGUGCAGUGGGAAUGUAAAGCACAUUUGGAUGUAUCAUAUCGCUUUGGAAAAAUUGAAGUAAGCUGUGAAGGCUAUGAUUACCCAGCUGAUCCUUUCAUUUUAAAAGGAUCAUGUGGCUUGGAAUACACAUUGGAGUUAACUCAGAAAGGACAGCAAAAAGCUAACACCUUUUCUGGGACCUAUUAUUCUGCAACUUCUCACGAUUCAUUUGGUUCUGGAUUUGGAGUGAUCCUGGUAAUAUUAUUUGUUGUUUUUGUUUUUGGCAUCUACAAGCUAUUCCUCUGUGAUAACCGACAACAUAAUUUCCCUAAUGAUAAUGUACAUUCAGGAUCCUAUGGGCAAAGUUAUCAAAGCCCACCUCCACCAGGAUUUAAAUCAAAUUGCACAGGAGCUGCCAGUGGGUCCAGCUAUGAUUCCAAUUCUAGGCCAGGUUUCUGGACUGGAUUAGGUGCCGGAGGACUUCUUGGAUACUUGAUUGGCAACCGAAGGUCACCUUCAGAUCACAGGUAUUCUCCUUAUUAUAACACAUGGUCUGGUCUAUCUGCUCCACCUCCAUUUACUGGUUCAUUUGGCAAUUCAAAUAGCUGUUCAACAUCUUACAGUUCAGAAACAAAACCCACCUCUGGUUUUGGAGGUACAAAAAGAAGAUGAAGUUUGACUUCCACUCUACCUAAGCUAGUGAAUAAAGCAACAUUUUGACAAUUCUGAAACAUGUCUUAAGCCUGCUUGCUCGAGUUAUAAAAUUCUAACUCUAUAUAUUUGUAUCUGUGCAUCUCUAAAAAUGUCGCUAAAUUUAUUUUGGAACAGUAGCUUUUGACAAAAUGGGGAAGCUUCUCAAGUAAUUUCUAACAUGGAACUGUGUUCCAUAGAAAAGGGAAGAUAAUAGGAUAACCUUCUGCAAUCUAGUGCCUUUCAGAUAGAUUGGAAUAUCUCUGCUAGAAAUAAUAGCUUGCCAUCAUGUUGGGGACUAAAGAUUGGAGUAUCAGUAAUAAUUAUAUUUUUAAAAAGUUGGAAAUGCCAUUUUCUAAGGCAGUGGCCCCCAACCUUUUGGGCACCAGGGACCAGUUCCAUGGAGAGAGGUUUUUCUGCAGGCAGGAGGGGGCAUACUUUUUCACACUGCCUUGUUUGCAUGGACUGGUUUCUGCCAUGCCACGCACCAGUGUCGGUCCACGGACUGGGGGUUGGGGACCCCUGUUCUCUGCUAAUGGCUAUUAUACAUUAUAAAAACAAAGAAUGAGAUAUUACUUGGAAUAGUGUACUCUCUGUACUGAACAGAUUGAUCUAACCAACAGAAGAGAAAUCUAGGUCUAUUAUUUUCUUUACAAUAGUUCUUUAGAAAGACCUGAGAUAGGGAAAAGAAAGUCAACUAGACAGUAAUUCCACUAGAUUCAGUAGAAUCUGCUUCCAUUAUGUAUAUAUUGGAUGUAUAUUUUUAAUUUGGGGGUUAUUAACUACAUACAGUUCAUUUGAUGGAAUCUAUGGCACAGAUAUCUUGGAAUGCAUUUUCAGGAAUGUCAGGAAUUCACAUAGAAGACUUGUUUGUGUGCAAAAUUAUCCUUUAUUAGAUCAAGCAUUACUUUCUUGGCAUGAUGGGACAUAAAUGGUACUAUGCAUUGGGAACUUAUCUUUACUGGGCAUCUUGUUUACUUCCAGUUGAUGUAAUUAUUUUCUCUUUCUUUUACAUUUGCUCUUUUCUAACCUUCCCAGCAUUUUUGUGAACGUUUUCUUAGUUUCCAUUCCUGUAGGAAAUUAAAUUGCUGAGGAAAUUCACAGGAGUCCCAAAAGUUUGUAUUUAAAUUUCAGAAUAAAGUAAUGUUUGAAAGUAU